GCCCCCACGAAAAUCGAAGGGUCGAGACGCCGAGAGCCUGAGAUGAAGAUAUUUUCCUGCGGCGGAGGAGCGGAUCGCUGCGGUGUAGCUUACCGCACCUUUUCGUGAAGGGCGAGAAGAAGGCGUGCGUCGACCGAAAAGCGAGAUCAACAGUCGGAGUCGAAAUGGAGCGAGGAGGGAAGGCUUGCGAAACGGCGAUGGCGGUGGUGGUAGCAAGUGGGGAUGAGGAGGUAGAGGAUAUGGAGGCGAGAGAGGACAGCAAAGGAGAGGAGCUGCGAUGGGAGAAGCUCCUGCCGAGGAUGCCGGUGAGAGUGCUGCUCGUCGAAGGGGAUGAUUCCACUCGGCAGAUCAUCGCGGCGCUGCUCAGGAAGUGUAGCUACAGAGUUGCUGCAGCAUCAGAUGGCUUGAAGGCAUGGGAUACCUUGAAGGAUAAACACCAUAAUAUUGACCUUGUUCUUACUGAAGUUGACUUGCCAUUAAUUUCAGGCUUUGGCCUUCUGACCAUGAUAAUGGACCAUGACCAAUGCAAGAAUAUUCCAGUAAUAAUGAUGUCUUCACAUGAUUCUAUGAGCAUUGUUUUCAAAUGCAUGUUAAGAGGUGCCGCAGAUUUUCUUAUUAAGCCGAUCCGCAAGAAUGAACUUAGGAACUUGUGGCAACAUGUCUGGAGAAGGCAAAUUGUAAGUGGAUUCAAUAGUACACAUGAAAUUCAAGACAUUUGUGAGGUAACUCAUAAUCUGAAAUCUCAUUCUGGUAGAAGAGAAUAUACAACUGAGACUGUUGUUAGUGUACACACAAAUAAACUAUCGAGCGAGCAGGAGAGUGAUGCACAUAGUUCUUGUACAAGGUCUGACAUGGAAGCUGAAAGUGCACGCAAGAAAUUGGAGAUCAAGCUGCCAAUCACAGUAAGUGCAUCCAUGAAUCAGAACGGACCCGAUUCACAACUUCUUGGUGUAUUCAGUCAUGAAAAUGCAGAUCUUGUGAACAAAACUGUUGAUUCAAUACACACCAGACCUUUUUACUGCAACAAGAUCAACAAUGAAACUCAGUGUCCUAAACCUCAUCUCGACAAAACUCCAAAGGAUAUCGAGUUGUUCCAAAACGAUACAUGCAAGUCGAGUCUUGUGCCUCAUUUAGAGCUCCCUUUGAAAAGAUACGAGGAGCCAUUAUCAGACAAGAAAGAUUGUGAGCAAUCCAGUGCGUGGAACCAUUCGAGCAUGUCAGCCUUCUCACAGUACAACCGAAAAACAGUGACAUCAACCUUGUUGCAGCAAAAGAAUCUAGGAUCUGAAAGCAAUGGACUUGAGUCUACUGAUCUUCUGAAACAUCAGGAAUCCAGAAUAAAUGUUGAAGAGACUAAUUCGCCUUCUGUGGGAUCUUCAGCUCAUGAUGGAAGAGCAGUACAAUGCAAUCCUGUUCGAGUUAUUCCGGUUUCUUUUCGUGACACGUCUUUAAGAAUGUUCUAUUCACAGUCAGGGCAACAAACCCUUUGGAGUUCCAGUUCACCAAUAUUGCUGGAAGCAGCAAAACCCACAAACUCUUCACGACAAGAAAAUCUCAACCCUGUGCAAGCUGACACUAACGAGAAGAAUGGUAUAAGCUCAUCUUGCAGUUUGGCAGAAAAGAAGGAUGAAAUUAUGGAGCACGACGAACAGAGGCAUGUUCCAUCAGCAGUAGGAGAGAGUGGUGGUAGCAGCACAUGCAAUAGUAGCAUUAAUAAUCUCAAUGGCAGUGAAUGUGCCAGUGGAAUUGCCGGUGUCGGAGACAUUCGUACGAUGAAUGUUUCUUGGCCCAUAAAUGACGAGUGCAAAGAUGGAACAAAGCCGGCAGAUUGCCAACGUUUAACCCAAAGAGAAAUAGCCUUGACCAAAUUCCGUUUGAAGAGGAAGGAAAGAUGCUUUGAGAAGAAGGUUCGAUAUCAGAGCAGAAAAUUACUUGCAGAACAGCGUCCUCGCGUGAAGGGGCAAUUUGUUAGACAGGAGAAGAUCAAGCCUCAACCAGUAUUAGUGGGUGCCUUUCAAUGUAAUUCAGCUGCUAGAUAACUUGGCAUUGGAAGGGAGAAACUAUAUCAUCAUUAUGAGAGAACUUAUCUCCCAAGGUAAAUGUUUAACACACGUAGCUGCACUAACAUAAUGUAAAUAAUGAAACAGAUUUGCUUUAAGAUUCCGAUCUGCUUCUUAUGCCUCGUUUUCUCCUGUUUGAGAUCCACUUUUGUCAGCAAAUUUCUGCAAGGUAUGUAACCUCUGCAAUACACUGUUUAUCAUCUGUUCAAUUAGACCUUCUGUGUUUGUUGUAGAUAA